ACAGAUGCGAACCUUGUUUAUUCUAAGCUCCAAUAUUCCUCUUAGAACGUGAGAUGAAUUCACUGCUGCACUAGUGAGAACAUGACAGAAGGGACCUGUCCUUCUAAAUAUCACACACGGAGGAGUUAGCAACAACAACAAACAACGGGAAAAUGCGGGGGUUCUUCUCAGGAACGCCAAUAAGGGAACACGCCAAAAUAACACGAACACAACUGACCGGGUUCUCUAGUGGCUUUAGAAACACGGAAGCGGAACCUCGGCCUGCGAGGGAGCGGCUCGUGGGAGGUUCUGCGAAGGCUCCGCGUGACGUCACGGGGUCUUGCCCGCCUGCGAUUGGCUGUCUCCGGAGGUUCGGUCCUUCCUGACAGUCCCCGCCCAGCGCCGCCGGUGCGCCGCCCGGUGCCUCCUCGGGGACAGAUUAACGGGCAGAGACGGACACCGACGCGACCGACACGCGGUGAGCUCGACGGUACCCGGAAUUAUUACCCGUCAACUUUACGGUGGCUGCUCCUGUCGCUUUGUCCCCGGAUUAACACGGAGGGUUAAACAGCUUAAACCGCGGGCAAUAGAAUCGAAAUAGACGCGAAGACACGCAGCUGCGGGCGGUUAAUUUGCCAACAGUCGACCGGUUGUGGAUGCCUCCAAUUUAAACUCGAAACAACAACGGUUUGAGCUCUGGGGUGAAACGUCGGGCCGGAGUCCCGCAGCAGGAGACGCUGCCCAUCCCCAGAUCGGACGCCGGGCUCUCAGAGCGAAACUGCGGACUCUGUAGCCAGGAGAGCGGCUCACUGAUCCAUGCUGGAGUGCUGAGCGUACCUGUGCGACCUGGUCCAGCUCUUUGGGAGUCAGGAGCGAGUCGGCCUCAUAAUAAUCCUGUAAAGAGCAUUAGCGGGCUAAGUUUGUCUCUGGACUGGCGGUGAAAGAAGGCUUCGGGUUCGCUCGCCAUGAUGCAGAUAUCGGACUCCUACAACCAGAAGAACUCGCUCUUCAACGCCAUGAGCCGCUUCAUCGGCGCCGUCAACAACAUGGACCAGACGGUGAUGGUGCCCAGCCUGCUGCGGGACGUCCCGCUGGACGACAGCGGGGACCUGCAGGCGGCGAGGACCGCCAAAGGCGCCGCCGCCAACGCCACCGCCUACUUCCACCAGGACGCCGACAUGUACAGCGCGUACGCCCUGCUCAAGUCCAUCCGUAACGACAUGGAGUGGGGCGUCCUGCAGGGCGACGGGCGGGGCAAGGAGAGGGCGGGUGCCACGGAGGUGUCGCGGGCGGAGGCGGAGGAGGACGACCUGGAGAAACAGUUUCAUUACCACCUGAACGGACUCCACGCGGUUCUGUCCAAACUGACGCGCAAGGCCAACACGCUCACGAACCGCUACAAGGAGGAGAUCGGCUGUGGGAACUGACGGAGUUCUUCAGAAGCACGCGGGUGUUUGAACACGCGUGUCAGCUCGUUGGCUUCAAAUCAGUACACCCUUCAUUUCUGGUUCGGUUUCGUGGGAGGAAAAAAAUCAACACUGACACUUUUAAUACUAGAAAAGACUAAAUUCACUUUAUCCUGUCAGUGCGAAUCAUUGCACAUUCUUCAGUACCGGUGCCGCUUCGAUACCUGGGCUCUAGGCUCAGGUGAUCCAUGUACGGACACAUUGAAAUUCCAGUCAAAGUAGUGACUACACAAAGAAAUACCCGUAAAUUAAACUUCAGGCUCCGGCUCCCGAGCGCUCGGCAGUCCACCCAAGACUCGUGAAGUUACCAAGUGUAGGUGAGGUCGUGGGUGAGAAGCACCUAGAAAGUGAAAAACUUCCUUGAUCUAUGAAAUAUGAACACACCUUAACAAAGAGGCCAAGGUUGUUUGAACACAAGCCGCUGUACGAGAACUCUAAUGCGCUAAAAAAACACCAGUAGGGUUCGUUUCAAAAAUCGGCAACAUUUCUAUUCAUCGUAAAGGGACUGAGGUUUGUUGAAAUCGGACAAAAAACUGGAAAAGAGGAGGAGAACCUGAGAUUUUCUCCAGUUGCUUGUCCGACUGUGGUUUUUGAAGGAAUUUCUUGGGGCUGUUUGCACUAAGCUUUCAGGGUUUGUGUUUGUCCUCUGUCUGCUCUGGACGUCCUUCAUUUCACGCUGUAAAUUCAAAACUAUGCAAACACACUGAGAGCGAAACCUUUGAGGAGUUUGACAUGGCUGAAGAGGAAGCAGUUUGCCAAUAUUUAUGUUGGACCGCAGACGCACAAACUGAAGAUAACGUAGAUAACUUUCAUUUUCGUUUCCAGUCCGGUAGGGCUGAAAAGAUUCGUUGAUUGACAGGUUAUUAACCAACAACAAACUGGAAACGGCUCAAUCUUUUCUGUCGUUGACCGCAACGGUUUCAGUGUCUGUAAUGUCUCUGAUUUUCUACUUUCUUCUGUUUGAUGUGACAGUAAAUUCCCAGUUGUCGCUGUUUGGUUUUGGACAGAAGAGACUAAAGGAUACCUUGCAUUUAAAUACGGUACCAAUGUGCUGAAAACAGACACGUUUGUAUACUUUAGCGGUUUCUGAACAAUAUGAGGAACAUCAUCAAUAAUCAAACCGACAUGUACUGGAUCAAGUUUGACUUUAUGUUUCCCGACGUUUCAGCAGUUGGUUGAGGCUGGUGGCGUCGCUGACGGACAACAGCAGGGACGUUCUGAUCAGUGUCAGCGCUGACGAAGCCGUUAUUAGACGUGUCAGGGGUCGAUCCGCGGUACGUCGUUUCGGUGCUACAGCAUCCCGGGCUUCAUGAGACCGACCCUCUGUCCCAGCAGAUUGAGCUGGUGGAACUGGUUGUGGGAGAGAGAACGUUGCGUUUGUGCAUCUUUACGACGCGAAGGUGAUCGAGAGAUGAAUCGAUGAUGGAAAAUAAUCCUUAGUGGCAGCCGGACAGUAAAUCUAUCUUCUAAAGUAGGCUUGCCAAUGAGCAUUAUUUUCAUUACUAACGAAUCUGACAAAUACUUUUUUAAUGAAUUUCAAUAGUUAAUUCUCAAUAAUGUUAAUUGUACAGAGUGUAAAGUGUCCAAGGGGACGUCUUCAAAUGUCUUGUUUUGUCUGAUCAACAACUGGGAUAUAAGGCAGAGAAAAAACCAAGAUACUCACAUCUGUGUUAACUUCUUCUCUUUUCUUUAACAAAAUCAAACUCAGACAACUAACCGAUUAUCAAAAUUGCUGCCGGCUAAUUUUCUGACUCGCUUCAUCUCUACUUUACAGUGGUAAAAAACAAUUAGACGUACAGUGUCUGUCUACAACUACAAGCUCUACACAUCCUUCUGAAGCUGAUGUCGUUCACCUGCAGCUCAUUCAAAACUUCAGCUAGAUUUCCCUGAAUUUCAAAAAAUACUAGAAUAUUCUUUUGCUACUGAACGGCAUCGAAGCCACACACCCACAACCCGAACCACAUCUGAUAACUGAAAGAUGUUGUUUUUCUUGGGAUAAAGACGCAAAGCAGAGUUUAACGAAACCGUCUUUUGAUUUAAAGUUUUUAAAGCAGCAAAAAAUCAGGAAGAAAAAACCAAAAAUCUUGUGCACUGCACUCGUGACUUUUUAAGAAGCUUUAAUAAAAAAAGGAGUAACGCUGUGCUUCAUGGUCGAUGGCUGUACCUGUGUGUAAAAUACGGUAUGUGAAAAUAAUGUAAAUUCCACAGAGCAAUGCAUUUUUCUAUUUAAUGUCCAGCUUGGCAAUUAAAGGUUUUGAUGAGUA